AUGACCUCUGAGGCAUGGGAGGACAUAGAUGUGGAUAACAUUUGGGCAAAUGUGUCAGCUUUUAUCGAACGGCACAUGUCUAUGCAGAAGGGAGUGUGCAUUGCCGGCCUUGGAGUGUUCACCUUCUCCCAGCAGAAGCUGGAUAUAGGCAGCAAGUAUAUCCUUUAUCAGAGGCCAAUCUUCAUCUUAACUGAGAAACUUUGCCAGUCUCAUGGUCUUAAACAGACCAAACCUCUUGCUGUAGCAGGGGACAUUCCAGUGGUGCAGCUCAAUUUCACCACCCUGAGCAUGGACAGCCCAUUCGAGCGCGAUGUGGUGGAGGGCUGUGUGAGGGAGAUGCUCCUUUUGCUACUACGUGCUGUCACUGCCCAGCGCACCGUCUUCCUUAUCUUCAGGGGCAUUGGCAUCCUCUCAUUCCGUCACAGCAGCGUCAAGAUGAGGUUCUUCCGUGACUUCAUCUCAAGCAUGGAUGGCUCAGGAACACUCCUCUGGACUUUGAACAAUAGACCGGGAACGAGCAUCUCUCUAGUCUCUGGGAAACUCUCAAGCCUCCAGCGCCUGGGGAGCUGCAAUGCCAUGGCAUUCCCCAAAAUCUCAUCAGGAAAGACACUGAGAGAGGAGGAAGUGGAGGAUGAAAGUUCUGCCGCUGAGCUGUAUGAUAGACAAAAGGAGAAUAGGAAAGUGUGUGUUACAGAGUCCCAGCUUUCAGUACAAUCUGAAUUCAGGCCAUCCACAUCCAAAUCAAAUGGAAAUAUCUCAAGUGAUCACCAAGAGACUGACAUUUCAUUAGAAAUGAUCGAAAGACAUGCUAAAGAGCCACAGCCGCCAGAUGGCACUGCUGAAGAAGUAGAAAUGAAGCAAGAAGCUGCCUACCCGAGUCUGGCAUGCCUCGACCACACCCGAGCGGGACAGGAGCUUUGCUACCUGUGUAUGCAGCGAGCCCAGCGUAAUGUGCCACUGUAUCUGGCAGAGGAUCGACGCAGAGAGGACAAGGAACAGGAGAAACUGCUGCUGCUCGCUGAGAAACACAGAGAUGAGCAGUUCUUACAGAGAGAACAAGCCAAGCAAGAGCAGAAACGGCAGGACAAUAAGAAGAUGGCAGCAUUUAAUCUUGGGCUUGCUGAAACGCUGAAGGCAAAGAAGUCAGUAAAGUCAUCCCAGUUUGAGGGAUCAUACAUCUUUGGUAGACGGCCUGUCACUCCUCCCAGGCUUGUGAAACAGAAGUGCUACAUGCAGGAAUUGACAGAGCAGCUCACCCAGAGGAAGCUCAACCACACACAGAGAUGCCAAGACCAGGAGCUCACUGAGCGACUACACCAAAUCCAGCUAGCUGAUGAGUUCACUAAACUGAAAGCUCAGGAACUUUUCCAGAAAAAGGAGAACAUGAAGAGGCUCCAAAAGGCCCUGGAUCUCCAACGAGAACAUCAGAGUCCAGGCCUCCCUGCCCGUCAGCCUGACUCGGACGGCCCUGUGUUUGGGGUAUGGGAUGGUGCUCCAGCUUUGCUGGCUGAACAAAAACAGAGAGCCCAAAGAGUUUGUGAAGAGCAGGUAAAGGCAGCAUGCAGCAAGAGGAAGGAGGUGCUGUGCAGAUGGCUGCGUGAGCAGAGAAAAGAAAGAGAGAUGCUGCAGUGCAACCACCAAGAACUGGUAGCAGACCGGAUCUCCCGUUAUGAGAGGCUGAAGAAACUGAGCACUGCACUAGAAGAGACAUGGUCUCGCAGCGCUGACCUGAAACGCUGCCGAGACCUAGAGGAGAGAGCUUUCAUUAGGUCAGGUGGCAGGUUGCUGAUGGAUCAGUGUGAACAGUACCGCCGCUGUUUCCAGUGCAAGAGAAAAACCACCAACUGUGGAGAGAGCAGCAUCUGGAAGGAGUCAUACUACAUCCCUGGGUCCCGUCUGAUGGUGUAGCUUCCCCUAACUCUAACGAUUCAACCCCAAAUCAGAAGUUGAGAUGGUAUGUUGAAAU